AAAAUGCCGAAGGGAGGGCCGUCGGGGCUGUCUCCGGUCUACGCAGGAAUCCGAGAAGACCUUGAUACGCUUUUACGAGCAUACCUGCAAUUUAAGUCUGUACGAUUUUACGACUACAAAAUGAUGUUCGAGCGACGCGGAAUGGUGGAUAUUUUCAAUGGAAGAAGUGAAAGCUCAGAAAUCAUUGAGUUCAACGAGCAUCUACUAGUUCAAUGUUUGUCAUAUAUGGAAGAAGAAGCUUGUCCAGGAAUGCCACGAAGUCUGAAAGAACGGCUUUUUGGCCUUUAUUCGUUGUAUACUUUCUUCUUCAUUCAACAAGAAUCACACGUUGUUCAAAUUCGAAUGAAUCCAGACUGUGCAAGAAACUUCCGAAAGUUUGCACAAUUUCUGCUAGUGGAGAAGAUUUAUGAUGCUUAUGUGGUGUGCAAGAAACUUCUCCAGAACAACACCAUCAAACACGUUGCAUUUCUAUCGAUUCACGAUCCCUGCUACGCCAAGUCAAACCAAACCGAUGAAAAGAGCCAUGGAGUUCCAGUUUUAGCGAAUCUAAAUGAUCCAUUAUGCCGUGUGAAAGCUCUGACUGAACAAUUUGACAUGUUGGGAGUUAUUCACCGUGAAUAUUCUAAAUUAAAAGAUAAAUUUGGAAUCACUGGAAACCCGCUGAAUGACCCAACAGAGAUUUUAUCCAGAGUCAUCGAAAAAAAUUUGAAGGCAAUUGAGGAUUCCGCUAUUGAAAAGGUAUUUGAUGUGGAUCAAGACGAACAAUCUUCAGUAGACGCUCUCAGUUCCGAUGGAGAUGACGAAGAAACUGAAAAGGAUCCUGACAUCGCUGAAAAUGAUGAUAACGUGGAAGAAACGAUUGAACCGUCAUUGCCAUCGAGAAAACGGAAGAGAAAACGGCGCCAGUCAAAGACCGUCCCAAUCAGUGAUCCCGAAGUUUUGGAUGAUCUUUUUGCACGGGAAAUUCUUCGAGAUAAUCAACCAACGACAUCGGAUGAUUCUGCACAGAGGAUGAAUGUCGAUUCGAAGAUUGUCCCCGGUAGAAAGAAGUCACGAAAGAUGUCCGCAAAAAAAGCUAAAAUAAAUUUGCCGAGAAUUGUAAAAUCGGAACAAAUUCCACCAUUGAGAGGGAUAAUGAAGAAUGAAGAUUUGAACAAUUCAGAGAGUUGUAUUCAUGAAAAUGUAGAUAUUGUUCUGACACAAAGUGACUCUCUUAAAAAUGAAAUUAAAUCGGAGAUAGUAGCAUUAAAUUCCUCCACGAAAACUUCAUUUAAAUCUUCUCGACGAGUAUCUUUCCGUGAAAAGGAAAACGGUGAGCUCGACAACACAAUCCACGAGAUUCCAAGAAGAUGCCACAGUUCUGAUGAAUCGGACGAAGAGAACUCCGAUGAAGAUCCUGUUGCCGAGUCUUCUCACAGGCCUCACCUAACUAUACAGCUGAAACCAAUUCAUGAAAAAUACGAAACUUCCAUAACUGAUGAUUUCAAUAUAUUCAAGCCAGUGGAAGGUGCUGAAGAGACUUUUGAGACGCCAUUCGAUUCGCUUAUUCCAGAGGAUAUCGAUUCCGACGAUGAAAUUUAGCCUACAUUUUAUUUAUUAGAAUUUUUGCUUGCUUUUGGUAUUUGUUACAUGUUUUUUUUGUUUUCGUUGUUUUUUUUUCAUUUAAAUUUAAAAUUUU